AUGAACGUCUCCCAUCUGACGACAUCGCCAGGCAUGUCCACCGCAGCCCAGCCGCCGGAGAAGACGCCCAAGGACACCUUGCAGCAAUGGUACAAGUCGGCCAACGAUCUUCUCAUUGGCCCUGUCCGUCGGAAGCGGAUGCCGGCAGGUCGCCAUGCGGUCGUUGUCAGCCCGCCAGCCAAAGUCGAAGCUCAGGUGCAGGGCGAGGCUAGGAAGCAGUAA